AUGGCCGAAAAUUACGGUGGAAAAUCUACCAUAAUCACUGAUGAUACAUUUAUAACAGAAUUUUUACGAUUACCUAUUAAUUCAAGUUUUAAUUCUUCUUCACCACCUUGGAUUUCUUUGGAUCCUACUUAUAUGCCUAAAGUAUUUCGUCAUACGACAGUUUUUGCUGGUGAUGAUAAAAUUUUAGUUUUUGGUGAUCUUAUGAAUUCAAAUAAUUUACCAUUUACUAAUGGACCAUCUAGAAUAUAUCAACAUUCCGCCGUCACUUUGGGUUCACAAAAUGAUGAAAAUUUAUUAUUUUUAAAUUAUAAUGAUACUUCAAAUACAAUAAAUACAAUAAAUACAUUAUCAAAUACAUCAAAUACAUCAAAUUCUUCAAUAACAAAUAUUAUAAUGUUAAUAUAUGGUGGAUUAAAAGAUAUUUCAACAGGUUCAAAUAAUGAAUAUAUUUCAUCUGAAUUAUGGGGAUUUUAUUUAAAUGAAAGUGAUGAUAGAAGAUGGCAAGGAUUUCCUUCAUUACAAAGUUCACCUGGUUCAUUAUAUCAUCACACUGCCAAUAUAAUUAAUGAAACUUUAAUGAUAUUAAUUGGUGGUAUAAGAGGUAAUGAUGAAAUGUCUAAAAUGAAUAAAAUUUAUGUAUUUGAUUUUAUAAAUACGGAAUGGACGAUUUAUGAUGCUAAAGGUCAAAUACCAACUCCAAGAAGAGAUCAUUCUGCUGUUGCUUUCCAAACCAGUAUAAUAAUUUACGGAGGAACGGAUUUAAAUGCAACCACUAUUUACGGAGAUGUUGCAGUAUUGGAUACUAUUACUUGGGAGUGGUCAGCUUUCCCUACUAUUAAUACUCCUCCUGGAAGAUAUUGUCAUACUGCUAAUUUAAUAGAAACCGAAUUUCUAGAUACCACAAUCGAUAAAAACAUUUACAUUCUCAAUAUUCUUAAUUGGACAUGGUUAGAUAUUUAUAUUCCUACAAAUCUUCCUCCUUCUCAUUCAAUUUCAGCUUCUCCAAGUAACACAACAAAUACAACUAUAACUAUUACAACUACCGUUCCAUCGUCACCUGAUUCUACCUCAUUAAUUUUAGAAAGAAUACCACGUGGAUUAAUAAUAGGUUUAGCACUUACAAGUUCAAUAAUUGCAUUAAUGUUAUUAAUAAUGUUAGUGUGGUAUUUAGAUAGAAAAAGGCAUAAAAAUGAAAAUAAUGAAAAUAAUGAAAGUAAUGAAAGUAAUGGAAAUAAUGAAAAUGGAUUAUUAGGAACUGUUAAUGGUAUUCCUCCUUCACCUUCAUCAUUUCCUUGUGAAAAUGAUGAUGAAAAUAGUUUUUAUUGUCGAGAUAAUCGAGAUAAUCGAGAUAGCAAUAAAUAUAAUAAUCAUCGAAAUAGUAUUCGAAAUAGUAUUCGAAAUAGAGGUGGAAGAAGAGGUAGUUUUCCACGUUUAAGUAGUAGUAGUAUAAGUAAUAUAUUUAAAUUAAGCAACAAUGAUUAUAACAAAAAUGAGAAAGGUGAGAAAAGUAAUAAAAAUGAUAAAAGUAAUGAAAGAAAUAGUAAAAAGAAUAGUAAAAGAAAAAAUCAGAGAAAACAACCUGAAUUUAGAUCAAGUUUUGAUAGUGCGGAUAUUAUACAUAUUGCUAGAGGUUUAGAAGUACAACGACAUAGUAUAUGUGGUGAUUCGUUAGUGGUAGUAGCUAGAAAUAGAUUAAGAGUCAACUUUGAAAAUUUUAGAGAUUUAGAAGAAGCAUAUGCUAUAUUAAUGGAAGAAAAUAAUAUUUUGGAAGAACUUAAUGAAUAUUUAACUCAACAAACGGAUUAUCUUAGUGAAGAAACUUCCAAACAACAAAUUAAAAUUCAACAAUUAGAACAAAUUAAUGAAAAGUCACAUAAAACAACACGAAAAAAUUCUGAUAAUGAAAAUAAUCGUGAUUUAAAAUUAAGUUCAGAAGAUGAAGAAAGAUUAAUACAAUUAGAAAGUGAAAUGGUAGCUAUGCGAACACAAUAUAAUUCAGAAUUAACUUCAAAAAAUGAACAAAUCUCACAAUUAGAAAAUCAACUUUUGGAAUAUGAAAAUUAUGGAAAUGAGAUUAAAGAAUUAAAAUCAAAACUUGAAUUUAAUGAAUUAAAAUUUUCAUCAGCUAUAUCAAGCAAGAAGACAUUAAUAUUAGAAAAAGCUUCAUUGACUAAAGAAAAAGCUGAAUUACAACAAAAAUUAGAUAAUUCACAAAAAGAAACAGCACGUCAUCAAAAUAAAAAUGUUCAAAUAACAGAAUUAGAAACUCAAUUAAGACAAUCACAAAAAGAAAAGUUAGUCUUUUCCGAUCGAACAUCACAAAAAUUAAAAGACAUUCAAAAUGAACUUCAAAUUGAAAAGGAGAAAUCAUCUAAAUUAAAUAGAGAAAAAAUUGCAGCUUUAAAAGAUAAAUAUGAUAUACAACGAAGAGUUAACAUUCUUACUGAGUUCAGAGAUACUCUAGAAGUUGAUAUACAUGAAGAAAAAGAACAUGUUAAGGCUCUUGAAACAGAAAUUCAAGAUAUUACAGAUCAAUUACAAUCAGAACGUCGAGAUCAUCAAUUCAAAAGUGAACAAUUAUCAAGAUACGAAGAUGAAUUACAAGCAGUACGAGAUCAAUGUGUUAAAUUAAAAGAAGAGAUGGAUCAAUUACAAGUUACUUUAAGUCAUGAACGUAAUCAAUUCAAAAUACAAUUAAGAUCCAUCGAAGCGAAUAAUAAACGUCGUAACAUGGAUACAAAAAAUAUGCAUGAACAAAAAAAAUAUAUUGAAAAAUGUGAAUUAUUGGUUAAAGAGGUCAAAUACCUAAAAGCAAAGUGUUAUCGGGAAUCUGGAUUCCGUGCAGACUUGAGUUAUCAAAAAAAUUUUUUAAUGUUGCUUUUUGGUGAUGUUGAAACAUGCAAACAAGCAAUAUUGAAUUUAAUAUCCGAUAUACAAGGUUCUUGUUGCUCAAAUCCUUUGUUAAUUAAAUUUCGUGGAGCAGUAAGAGCGAUAAUCGCGAUACAGAGAAUGAGGUAUUUAGGAUGA